UCUGUAGUCCAAUAUUGCUUAAAAGUCCCACUCUAAAGACCAAACUAUUUCUCAAGAAAGCCACAAUAUCACUGAUGAGUUAGCUGCAGCAAAGGCAUUUCCGAUGGAGAAUCAGAAUACUAAAACAGUACUUUCCGAGUGUUGCAAUACACAACACAACUUGCAUUUGGGGCGCGGAAACCCAAUCAAUAGCGUGGAGAAGAUGGACUCUCUCUUCACAAGUGGUCCAGCAGAUGCUCCAGCAGCAAAUUUGUGUACAAGCACUGCCGUCUCUGAGAAUUUGGGAAGCACCCUGAUCAACAAUCACCCUAUGUUCACGAAUGAUACAGAUGAUUUAACAACUCCCAGGAGAAAAUCACAAGAGAAUACAAAUGUUGAGAUUGCAAACAACCACGUUACACCAUCUAGAGGCUUGCCUGACAGUGUGGCAGUUGAUUAUAAGAUUAUGCCAGAGUUUUUUACAAGCCAGAAUAAAGAGGAAUUCAACAAUAUAUUGAAAAAAUUAAGACGGCGGUCUACAAUUGGAGCACGAGGUUCUCCAGAAAAUAAUUCUCUCAUCCAGUAUAUUGCUCGACAAAGGAGAAUGAAGGUACAAGAAACUUUGACACAA